AUGGACGUGGACGUGGACAUGGACGUGGACGUGGACGUGGACGUGGACAUGGACGUGGACAUGGACGUGGACAUGGACGUGGACGUGGACAUGAACGUGGACAUGGACAUGGACGUGGACGUGGACGUGGACGUGGACAUGGACGUGGACGUGGACGUGUACGUGGACAUGGACGUGGAUGUGGACUUGGACGUGGACGUGGAUAUGGACGUGGACAUGGUCAUGGACGUGGACGUGGACGUGGAUGUGGACUUGGACUUGGACGAGGACGUGGACGUGGACGUGGACAUGGACGUGGACGUGGACAUGGACGAGGACGUGGACGUGGACGAAGACGUGGACAUGGACGUGGACGUGGACGUGGACGUGGACAUGGACGUGGACAUGGACGUGGACGUGGACGUGGACGUGGACAUGGACGUGGACGUGGACGUGGACGUGGACGUGGGCAUGGACAUGGACGUGGACGUGGACGUGGACGUGGGCGUGGACAUGGACGUGGACGUGGACGUGGACUGGGACGUGGACGUCGACAUGGACAUGGACGUGGACGUGGACAUGGACUUGGACGUGGACGUGGACGAGGACGUGGACAUGGUCGCGGACGUGGACAUGGUCGUGGACGUGUACGUGGACGUGGACGUGGACGUGGACAUGGACGUGGACGUGGACGUGGACGUGGACAUGGUCGUGGACGUGGAGACGGUCUUGGACGUGGACAUGGUCGUGGACGUGGACGUGGACGAGGACGUGGACGUGGACGUGGACGUGGACGUGGACGAGGACGAGGACGUGGACGUAGACGUGGACAUGGACGUGGAUGUGGAUGUGGACGUGGACGUGGACAUGGACGUGGACAUGGACGUGGACGUGGACGUGGACGUGGACGUGGACAUGGACGUGGACGUGGACGAGGACGUGGACGUGGACGUAGACGUGGACAUGGACGUAGGCGUGGACGUGGACGUGGACAUGGACGUGGACAUGGACGUGGACGUGGACGUGGACGUGGACGUGGACAUGAACGUGGACGUGGACGUGGACGUGGACGUUGACGUGGAGAUGGACAUGGACGUGGACGUGGACGUGGACGUGGACAUGGAUGUGAACAUGGACAUGGACGUGGACAUGGACGUGGACAUGGACGUGGACAUGGACGUGGACGUGGACGUGGACGUGGACGUGGACCUGGACAUGGACGUGGACGUGGACAUGGAUGUGGACGUGGACAUGGUCGUGGACGUGGAGAUGGUCUUGGACGUGGACAUGGUCGUGGACGUGGACAUGGUCGUGGAUGUGAACGUGGACGUGGACGAAGACGUGGACGUGGACGUGAACGUGGACGUGGACAUGGAUGUGGACGUGGACGUGGACAUGGACGUGGACAUGGUCGUGGACGUGGAUAUGGUUGUGGACGUGGACAUGGUCGUGGACGUGGACGUGGACGUGGACGUGGACGUGGACGUGGCCAUGGACGUGGACGUGGACGUGGACGUGGACGAGGACGUGGACAUGGUCGUGGACGUGGACAUGGUCGUGGACGUGGACGUGGACGUGGAUGUGGACAUGGACGUGGACGUGGAUGUGGACAUUGACGUGGACGUGGACGUGGACGUGGACCUGGACGUGGACGUGAACAUGGACGUGGACGUGGAGGACUUGGACGUGGACAUGGACGUGGAUGUGGACGUGGACCUGGAUAAGGACGUGGACAUGGACGUGGACGUGGACAUGGACGUGGACGUGGACAUGGACGACGUGGACGUGGACGUAGACGUGGACAUGGACGUAGACGUGGACGUGGACGUGGACGUGGACAUGGACGUGGACAUGGACGUGGACGUGGAUGUGGACGUGGACGUGGAUGUGGACAUGGACGUGGACGUGGACAUGGACGUGGACGUGGACGUGGACGUGGACAUUGACAUGGACGUGGACGUGGACGUGGACGUGGACAUAGAUGUGGACAUGGACAUGGACGUGGACAUGGAUGUGGACAUGGACGUCGACAUGGACGUGGACGUGGACGUGGACGUGGACCUGGACAUGGACGUGGACGUGGACGUGGACGUGGACAUGGUCGUGGACGUGGAGACGGUCUUGGACGUGGACAUGGUCGUGGACGUGGACAUGGUCGUGGAUGUGAACGUGGACGUGGACGAGGACGUGGACGUGGACGUGAACGUGGACGUGGACAUGGAUGUGGACGUGGACGUGGACAUGGACGUGGACAUGGUCGUGGACGUGGACAUGGUUGUGGACGUGGACAUGGUCGUGGACGUGGACGUGGACAAGGACGUGGACGUGGACGUGGACAUGGACAUGGACGUGGACGAGGACGUGGACAUGGUCGUGGACGUGGACAUGGUCGUGGACGUGGACGUGGACGUGGAUGUGGACAUGGACGUGGACGUGGACGUGGACGUGGACAUGGACGUGGACGUGGACGUGGACCUGGACGUGGACGUGAACAUGGACGUGGACGUGGAGGACUUGGACGUGGACAUGGACGUGGACAUGGACGUGGAUGUGGACGUGGACCUGGAUAAGGACGUGGACAUGGACGUGGACGUGGACAUGGACGAGGACGUGGACGUGGACAUGGACGUGGACAUGGACUGA